AUGUUUUCUUCUUCACUUUUAUGCCGCAUGCAACAUGCCCGCGCAGCCAUGGUUUUGUUUCAACGGACAGCCUCUACGUCUAAAGUCGCGAGCUUCUCUACCACUGCCAGCGGAGGAAGGCUUCUAAAUCCCAAUCCUAGGCCGACACAGUACCAGACGGUGAUUGUGAACGAGGCAGUUAACCCCGCCCCGGGGAAGCCGUUCAGCUGGACGCCUAUGCUGAUCGGCGCAGGGGUCUUCAUGGUCUUGUUCCCCUGCAUCCAGACCAAGAUGGAGCUCAAAAAGUACUAUAAAGAGACAGAGCACCUCUACCGGGAUGGCUGGAGCGUGUUUCACUAUGACAAGAUGAAGAACGACUUUCUGUCGUGA